ACAAUUUGUCACAUUUUCAUUUAACAUCAUGGGUGUUUUUUUUAAGGAUCUCUGACGUAUAACACUCAGGAAAGGCAUUUAACUUUCAACGUCGCCUACUUCAGAGCUAUCGUCGUUAUGGAGUCACUCCCGUAUAACUUCGCAAAGACAACAAACUUGAAGGUUGGUCGCGGUAUUAUAUAAAUGAACUGAUUAUGGAAGACCACCAUUAGUUUAGGAAUUUUUCGACUGGACGGAUAUACAGCCAAUAAGGAUUAUAAUACCUUAUUAUAACGCUUCCUCCUCUCUCUGCGAUAUAAUGGGCGACCUGUGCCAUGCAUGGACCUACAAACCUUCCUUAUCGAUUGCUAUUAUAUUGGUAUCAAUUUUAUGUAUGGUGCAUUGUUCAGAGAAUACUGGAGCCAUCGGAAAAGUGUUCCCACGAGGGAAUCACUGGGCAGUAGGUCACUUGAUGGGGAAGAAAAGCCUUGCCAGUCUCUCUGGAUCAGAAGAUAGCAGCAACAGGGACAAUAUACCGUCUUCAGAGGAAGACACGCUGUUGGAUAGUUAUGUGCAGCCGUCCAAGCUGGUGCAAGGCUUCAUCAGGACUCUCUGGGGACUGGAGAACAAGAGGCAGAACCAGACCCAGAGACAGGGACAGGAACAUGUUCUCUCUCGAAUGGGGGUACUCAAGACCACAAAGUGGGAAGAGACAGAUAGACACCGAUACCUCAAACAGCUGACAGACCUCAUUCGAUUGGCUUUCAACAUGAAGGAGAACACUAUUUUCAACUGAAGACAGGCAGUCAGCUCUAGUCUGCAGCUGUCCUAUGACGAACGGCACUACACGCCUCAGACUCAGUUCGAGGCGUUGCAUCCAGCGCACCUGUUCACAAUAUUUUGAAAACAAUAUAGCCUAUAUUAGAGUUGACUUUAUAUGAUAUAUAAUAACAUCAUUAUCAUAAUAAUUACAUGACGUCAUCUACUAUUUAUUGUAUCCCCCUCAAAAUACUACCCCCCCCCAUCAACAACAAUGUGUAAAGAACAUUGAAUAAAUCUGAAAUUGUUGUGAUAACUGCAUUGUGGAUAUCUGGGUGUUCCUUCACAUAACCAUACAGAGGUACCCAAAACAAAUAUCAAAAAAAUAUUUGAUAAAAUAUUCAAUUUGGCCUUUAUUACUAUAACCCAUAGAAACACAUUGAAUGACACAUUCAUAAAUGGAAAAUAAGACAGUCCAAAAGUAAAUAAUGAGGAAUAAGGUUUUGAAGUGUCUAUACCUCCUUACUUCCAUAAAACAGUUUUAAUGUACUGGUUACCUUCAGAUGGGUCCCAUAGGUUCAGUCAAACCGUUCGGACGCUACAGACGUUUUCAUGAGAAGACUGAUUUUCGGGAUGUCUCGUGCUCUGACCAACACCGCAUCUCUGUCACCUUUCACCGCAGAUGUGAACGUGUUACAAACAAUAGAUAUCGCUAGCUUAAACUGGCGGUAUUUUGAUGGGGAUUUUUAUUAUGUUACUUCGAUAAUCGACUCUAGGAGGUAUAUAUACUAUAGUACUGUAUGUACUUCAUUUUCAACUGACAACGGGUGAAGAAGUGCAGAGGCAACAUAUUCACCACAAGAUGGCAGACAAGCGUCUCAUCAGAGCCUGUUCACAGUUACGACUGCGUUCCUCAUUCCACUUUCUAAUAAAGACAUUUUUAAUUA